AUGCGCUCCUACCGCUUCCUCCUCGUGUGCAUCGCCUUGGUCUUGUGUCUCCACUCAGUCACAGCUGUACCUCAGUCUGCAGUCCGCCGUCAAGAUGACAGCUCUUCGGACCGGUCGCAGACUCCUGCAAUUACUGCAUCCUCGCGCUCAUCAGCUUCAGUAACCUCAUCUGACGCAACUACCUCAGUAUCCGAGAGCGGGCGGGCCUCUUCCACUCCAGCUCCGUCAACGACUACAGCAGAGGCAAGCACUUCCAUGCAGAUCCCGGCCACCGCGUCGACCGCACCUCAGUCCGCAGAGUCCACCGAAGUGAAUCCAGGAAACCCUCUGCCCUUCCAACCCAGCUUAACGCCAGCCAUGGGUAUCAGUGGUAUCGUCUUAUUGCUGUCGGGUCUGGCAUUCGCCGUUAUUGGCAUCAAGAACAAAUGGGUAUACGUCUUUGGCUCAGCUGCAUACUUGACCGCACUAGCUGUUACUGUCUUGAUUGUCUACCUCAUGAGCCCUCCUGUCUCCAAUAGUGUCCAGGGAGCUUUCUUAGUUGCCGCUUUCUUCACCGGUGUCAUAUUUGGCGCCGUCUCACUUGUAUUCUCAGACGUUACUGAGGGCUUCGGAUGCCUGCUCGGCGGUUUCUGUGUGAGCAUGUGGUUCUUGUGCCUCAAGUCGGGCGGCCUGAUCACUUCAGUAACCGGCCGCGCAAUCUUCAUUGGAUGCAUGAGCGCUGGUGCAUACUGCCUGUCUUUCAGUCACCACACCCGCACUUACGGUCUCAUUGCAUCGAUCGCUUUCUCGGGUGCGACUGCUACCAUACUUGGAGUUGAUUGUUUCAGUCGUGCGGGCCUUAAGGAGUUCUGGCUGUAUCUAUGGGCCGUCAACGACAACAUCUUCCCAUUGAACACCAACACUUACCCUGUCACUAAAAACAUCAAAGCUGAGCUUGCAGGAGUCGUAAUCAUCGCCGUACUUGGCGUCGUCUCGCAGCUACGUGUCUGGAAUCUUGUGAAGGAGCAUCGCGAGAAAAGCGCCGCUCAGCAGCUGGAGAAGCAGCAAGACAAGGAAAGGGAAGAUGAGGCACUGGGGCGUCAGAUCGAAGACAGCUUUCAGCAAGAGCGCGCACAGUGGGAGGCAGCCUACGGCGACAAGAGCGUGCAGGAGUCCAGCGCUUCAUCGUCUAUCCUAAGCCCGAAGCACUCGACUAGUGUCCGAGAAAAAGAUGUCUUCGCCACGGAUAGUCUGGAGCUCGUCAAUAUGCAGAAGAGCGGCGUCAUGCGCUCCCCCAACCCGGAUACCCCGGCCGGCACCACCGUUACCGUCGGUGUUCUCAAGGACGACAUUCAACAGCUUGACGCGCAAGGCAACCCGAUCACAUACAACAACGUUGGAUCAGUGACGGGCUCUGAUGGAGAUCGCAAGGACCUGCCUGCCCCACCGGAAUCUCUACUUGCAGAUAAUGUAACAAAAGGCACCAGCCUUGGUCCAUCUUCAGUGCCACCACCUCCGGCAGUCAUCCCACUUCCAUUUAAGGUGCCAGAGGAGGAUGAUGCAGAGAGUGAGACAGGCGACAACUCCUCGGUCUCGGCUGUUGCCGAAACCGAGAACAUUUCCUUGAAUGAACGUAGGCCCAUGUCCAAGCGCAUAUCGGACAUGUCAAAACUACGACAAGCAUCGGGCCAAAGGAACUCUCGUGCUAUAUCUGAGUCGCAGGAAGACUUGAUCAAUGUACCACACAUGGAGGACGAUCGCGCAUCAUCAAUUGUUGCUACCUUGGACGACGAAUAUGAUGAUGUUUCUCUACGCCAGCUCUCGCCACCCCAGUCACCAAUUGGUACGGAACACGAUGUUACUCGUGUUGGAUCACCAGUCGCUUCUUUCAAGAGGAAUAAGUCUGUACAUGAGGAUGAGGCACUAGCUCCAAUCGAUACUGAAGCUUAUGAGUCAAGCCCGACUAUCGAGGAAGCAACGACCGACGCGCCAACAAGGCCGACGAUACGCCAGUCUCUCACCAGCAGCACAGAUCCCAAGCCAACUGAAGCGGAUACAAAGCGCUCUCUUCGUCGCAAUUCACGCUUCCGAGCUGAUACCCUCAUCUCCAGCGCCAAGGGCAAUAGUGAGGGUGAGCAGUCCAGGUUCAGCAGUGAGAAAGCUCCAUCACACGGUUCACAGACUGAACGCGAGCCAAUCCACGUCGGAAGCCUUAAGGAAAAUACUCUUCCUCCUAGGUUUUCGAAAGUGGCCUUGUCAUACCGCACCAAUGAGUGGGCGAAGCACCUCGAGACCGCAGAACUGCCUGAGCUAGACGAACUACAUGUGCCCUCGUCACCUGGAGCAGCUCUCGACCAUAUUUCAGCAGAAGCGCCAGCACCCGUCAGCGAUGAGAUAGCAGGUCCCUUGGGCGGAAGUCACCGGAUGUCGAAGCGAAUGUCUACGGAGAGCAGCAGCAAGCCUGGCCUGAACCGAUCAACUUCGACUUCGCAGCAAUCGAUAAUUGAGCAGCAGCCUUUAUCUCGGUCGCCAUCUGUCCUCUCUCCGCGGGUCCUGUCACGAUCAAACUCAGGAACUCAACUCGAUGCUCUGUCACCACUUCCCACCAACACAUUGAUGGGCCAGCGCGAGAGCCUGAUGCGCAGCCGUGUGACGUCACGCUCGUUCUCCCCCCUCCCAUGCACAGGACAGACAUUGCUGGAGCAGAACGAACAGGACGAUUUGACGCUUGCACAGAGGCGGCAGCUACUCAAGCAGGCGCCCACCUCACCACUGCUGCAACAACAGUCUCCCCUUGGGUCUCCUCGCCGACCGCCUCCAUCUACCGCGCAGAAGUGGCAGAAGAAGGGUUGGGUGGGACAAGGUGUUGCUUCAGGAUUCGACUCUCAUCAGCCUCAGCGUACACCCAGCUCACAGUCGAACCGCAAGAGGGAAGACUUGUACGCAGACUGGAGGGAGAACAUGCGGGAGGUCACACCACCACAGACUGUUUCGUAUAUCGCCGAGCAGCAACGUGCAGCCCUUCUCAGCGAGCGACGACAGAAGGAGGUGGAGCGACAGCAACGCGAAGCGAUCCAGCAACAACGAGCAUCGAUGAUGGACAAUAUGAUGCGAAGCGGGCAGAUGCUCGAUGCGCACCGAGAGGCCAUGCGCAAGAUGCAAGCCAAUGCCAACAAGAGAGCAGCGUAG